CAUCUUCCUUUCCCCCACGCUGCGUCGUUGUGACCUGUGGGUCGCUUACGGGGAUUUGAAAGUUAUCGCGACCCAUUGCGCUGCUUUGGAGCACAUAUCCCUCGCGAACGAUUGGAAUAUAGAAAAUGAGCCGUCCCUGCUGUCCGACUGCGUUCGUUUGUGCAAGCGGCUUGUAACUCUAUCUUGUUCACCACUCGACUUGGCUGCGUGGAAACAUCUUUCCAAUCUCCCCUACCCUUGUCGAAGUCGAGAUUGAUAAAAGGAAGAUAGACCCUUCCUCAUUGGACCUCGAAAAUAAUUUCGAUUUCGGUCCUUUCCUCAACCUCACAGCUCUUUCUUUCAACGUAAAUACGGCUGCAUACAUCACAGGACUCAUGCAAUACUCAGACUUUCCUUCCCUGAAACAUUUCAAGAUCGAGGUCAAUAGGUUGUCUUGGGCAGAGGCUGAACGGCUCGCUCAUGUGUUGUCCAAGUGCAAAGCACGUCACACCCUUGAACAAAUUGAGAUGAAGGGCCGCGCUUCAGACGUCCAGGAUCCCCCUCGCAGCUCUAUCGCACACUUCUGUUGUUUUACACAGCUCCGAAUCCUCUGGCUCGAUUUUCCCCGUUGCUGCAUCCACCUUGGCAACGACCUUCUUUUGGAAUGCAUGUCCAGUUGGCCACAUCUCCAAGUUCUGAAUUUACAAGAUUCUAAUCAGGCUCUAAGUACCAUUACAUUCCGCGGAUUAUUUGCAGCGCUCCAUCACUGCCCUCACUUGCACACGCUUAAUUUAUUGAUAGACGCUGUGAAUAUCGAUAUCGACCCUACAGGGGAGUCGUUUCGACAUCUGUCCCUACAACGAUGGGACGUGUUAGCUGGUCAGUUAAUGAAUCCAAAAGCUGUCGCUCGAAUCAUAUUCUCUAUGCUCCCUUGCGUCGAGAUCUUUUACAAAACUCACCACUUCGGGUCAAUGAGCAGUAGCCCUCCGUAUGCGUGGCCCGAUGUCCAAUGUCGUCUGCGGUCACUACAUGACGCUGCGGGGACCUGAGCUCAGGAUACACACGUGUGCGUGAUAUCUGGAAUAUGGGAAGUG